GAGUUUGAGGAGGUGGAAAACAAGAAAGACUUGUUACAUUACACUUGACCUCAUUCUACACAAAAAUAUUGUUGAGGAAGAGAGCAUGUUCUCAUCUGGAAUUUAACAAUCAUAAGCACUUCCUGCUAUGGAGUUGUAUCAACUGCUACCUUGUUUUCUUCUUCGUUCAACAUAGAUGUUACCAAACCAUGAAUGCUCACAGAUCUCAGAAGCUUGGUUCUGGCGCACCUGGUGCCGUGCCAUAUCAAAGUAAUAACUCUUCGGGAGAAUACGUCGAUAGAAUGGAUGUUGAUGAGCCAAGGCUGGUUCUCCAAGAUACCAUUGUCUAUCAAAAAACCCGCACCAUUGCCAAUGUAUUCGAUUCUGUGCUCGGUCUGGAAUUGCGCGCUGAAGGUACACUUUGGGUAGAGAAUGCAGAAAGAUACAAGUUUAAGAAACCGAAUGGUUCUCAUUGCCAGGUUCAAUUCCAAAUGUAUUCUUACGAAAGGGAUGAGCUUGGGGCUAUCAUCCUUUACGUUGAAGAUUCCACAACUAAGUGGUGGGUUGAGCUCAAACCUUCGCAAAAGUAUGUAGCACACUUCACAAGCAUGGUAGAAAGUGCAGAACUUAAGCACUUUGUUACCGAUUAUUAUGAACGUGUAAUCAAUAGGGAGUGUAAAGAUGACUUGGCUCAGUUAUGUUGGGAAUAUGGUCGUGAAGAUGGCAGUGGACUGCUACAACACGACGUUGUCGAAGUUUUGACUAAAGAUGCAAAUGCAUUCUUUCUGCUGUCUGCUUUUCGCGAGGAAACUUGGGUCGAUGGAGAGGCUCAGACCAUGAGAUGGUCUAGUACAGAAAUCUACAAGCUUCUGAAGAAGCAAUGUCCUACCGCUUACAAGAGAGCCAAUACAUUCGUUUCACUGGAACCCGAGGCAAUGGCCGUCGACUCUCCUGAAAUUCAAGACCCUCCUCCAGCUGCUGGCGAUAGUGGCGAUGCACAAACAAAUCAAUUGGAAAUGUUAAUGUCUUUGAUUAGCGAUGAAAUCGAAGACGGCACUCCCGUCAAGAAGAUUACCCCCGGAUCCCUCUGGAAUAAGCUCUUUAUUAAAGCCAAAAUUCCAGACCAAGGCGACCCGGGAGCCGGACCACGCAUUGCCAAGUGUAUUGUCUAUAAAAUUGGAGGGCUUCUUGCAGAUCUAUUAGAAAGACGUCAUCCCGAUCUAUUUAUGGGCUCGAAGUUCAUUUAUGGACUUCGCGAACUAAGCCGUAUCCGGUAUCCACCAUACACCAAGCAAGUGACCACCGAUCAACAAUGGCAACAUUAUAUGGAUUUGUCUGAGGGCCUUUACCUUGUCCGUCGAAAUAACAAUCAGCAUGAUGAAAGAGCUGGCGUCAUGCCAAUUCGCGGAUCUGCAAAACUUCAGGUAAAGGAUAUUUUUACUGGGGAACUGGCACCACCUCGUCCGGUUCCACGUGCUGGAAGUGGACGCGUUGGACGUCCGCCCAAGGCUCGUCCGGAAGUCGAAUUCUGGGAUGGUGAAGAGGAAGAGGAGAUGGCCGAUAACUCCUCGAAAAUUGACACUGAUGCACCUUUAUCAGUAGAAAUGGCAUGGCAGCGUGUUUGGCAAUUAGGUGGAGAGGAAAAAAUAAUUGGUGGUCGUGUUGUUCCAGCUCGUAUCGAGCGGUCCGGCUACUGAUUUUUUGUGCUGCAUCCAGGCUGGCGUUACCAUUAGCGAUAGUUAGAUACCCCGUGAUUCGAUUUCCAGAAUUUUAAAAUCAAAUAGACUAUUUACUGAAGCGUUGUUUGAGCUCUGCA